AAGACAGGGUUUGUGUUUCCUUGUUCAGUCAGUGUUCAUCAAACAUGAGGAGACGUCUGUGUGAUCUCCAGUGAUGUGGAUCGUUCAGGUUUUGAUUCAGCUGGGUUAAAUGUGGAAGAAAGCUUUUUAACAUUUAGCAGUGUUUAGUGUCUGACAGGAGGAAUGAUGGUAAACUCCACUCCUCAGUUCUUUGUGUUGAGCACCUAUGUGGAUGUAGGAAACUUGAAGUACUUGUUCUUCAUGUUGACCGCGCUCUUGUAUGUAACUAUAGUUGUUGUGAACUUGUUCCUCAUCGUGGUGAUCGGUCUGAACCGGAGCCUCCAUGAACCCAUGUACCUCUUCCUGUGCAGCCUGUUUGUGAACGAGCUGUACGGCAGCACGGGUCUGUUCCCUCUGCUUCUGGUCCAGCUCCUCUCUGAGGUCCACACGGUCCCGGCUCCUCUCUGUUACCUGCAGAUCUUCAGCCUGUACACCUACGCUCACGUGGAGUUCUGUAACUUAGCCGUCAUGUCUUAUGACCGGUAUCUUGCUAUCUGUCACCCUCUGAAGUAUAACACGUACAUGACCUUUAAUAAGCUGGUUAUUUAUAUAGGUGUGAUAUGGAUUUCCUGUUUCAUGAAGUUCUUAAUCACUCUAAUGUUAACUGUUGCUCUGCCUCUCUGUGGGAACAUCAUCCACAGUCUGUACUGUCACAACUACCUGGUGGUGAAGUUGGCGUGCUCGGACACUAAAGUGAAUAACGUCUAUGGGAUCUUUGGGACUGUGUUCACGGUCCUCGGCCCUCUGCUUCCUAUCAUUUACUCUUAUGGGAAAAUCCUCCAAGUGUGUUUUUCUGGUUCCACACAGACCAGGAACAAAGCGGUGAGUACCUGUGCUCCUCACCUGGUCUCCCUCAUCAACUUCUCUUUUGGCUGCAUGUUUGAAGUCCUUCAGGCCCGGUUUGAUACGUCCAGCACUCCCAGCACGCUGCGCAUCAUCAUGUCUCUGUACUUCCUCCUCAUACAGCCCAUCAUGAACCCGGUCAUGUACGGACUGCAGCUCUCCAAAAUAAGGAACAUGUGUAAGCAUGUUCUGGGUAUAAGACCAUGAGCAGGGACUG